AUAAGGCACACACACUUUGAGCUCUAAACGAGGACGAGACACCCGGACGAAAGAGCGACCGUCCUCGAAUCAUCCCGCGCUACGUAGGGCGCGUGCCUUGCCAACCUACUCCAAACAAAUUAUUUACAUUUGUUGGCGGGAUACUUAUAACAGCUUCGUUUCUUAUCAUAUACAUAAAUAGAAGCAUGAAAUUUAGUUAUUUUUAAACGCGGAAAUACUACAAAAACCCUUGAUGCAAGUUAGCUGAAAGUUGUCCAGCCUGCAGAGGAUCAACAAACGAAACUAACCUAAAAAUGUUGACCUAGUGAAGAAAACUGUGAAGUGAUAAGUGAGAUAUUUAUGAAGUUACGAAGAAAAUGGGAGACAUGUCGAUCAUGGGCGACGCACAAGCGGCCUCGCAAGUGCUGGUUGCCGCGCGUGUUCGACCCUUGCUUCCCUCGGACCGCUCCAACGGGCUCGUGUGUGUACAAGCCCUACCCCAAGCUCAGCAAAUCAUACUUGGCAAUCAGUGCUUCCAGUUCCCAGUUGACUACGCUUUCCCCAUGGAAGCACAACAGAGUCAAAUCUUUGAAACGGUAGUCCAGCCACUCAUGGAUAGGCUUCUUCAAGGAUAUGAUACCUCUGUGGUGACAUAUGGACACUCCGCCACUGGAAAGACUUACACGAUGCUUGGUCCAGGAGUUGGAUUUAACAUCAGUGAAUCAGAAUAUGGAAUCAUACCUCGUGCAACAAGAUACAUAUUUUCAAAGAUAAAGCAGGGACCACCAAAGAAGUUUCAAGUAAAAGUGAGCUUUGUGAAUGUUCAGAAUGAAAUGCUACGAGACCUCUUGACGUAUGGUCAGUGUCAUCAAGAGCUGUUGCUCCUUGAAAGUGAUGCAGGGUAUCCUGUCAUUACUGGUUUACAGGAAAUAGAGUGCGAAACAAUAGAAGUUUUAUACAACUACCUGCAAGUAGGCAUGCAAAACAGACAAUUGGAAUGGAACAAUGCUAGGCAUGCUGGUCGGCCUGCUCAAGCUCAUUCCAUCUUCACCCUUUCUCUAGAACAACAAUGGGUGACACCAGAAGGAACAAUGGAGCAACGCUUAUCGAUUGCACGAUUUGCUGACCUAGCAAGUUCUGAGAAAUUAUAUUUCAGAGGUAUGGGUGGACAUGUUGUGGGAGAAACUAUACACAUGGAUCCAGGACUACUAGCUUUAAACAAAGUUAUUCAAUCAAUGAACCAGUCAAGUGAGUGGAUGUGUUAUGAUUCAGUCAAAGAAGUAUAUCGACAGUCAACUCUAACUAGAAUACUUAAGGAAUCAUUUGGAGGACGCUCUUUUUCUCUUGUUGUAUGCUGCAUCUCUCCUGCAUUGCCAAAUUUUGAUGAAACACUUGGCACACUACAAUUUCUUGAAAAACUUUCACGAAUAAGAAAUAACCCGGUGAUGAAUGCUUUGACAGUAAAAGUCACACCCAAUAAUGACAUGACAAAGCAAAAUGGACAUGCCAAUUUCACAUCAGGAGAAGGAAAUGGAGCCGAUACAUUCGGACUUGAAUUUGCAACAACACAAUGGAUAAAACUAGUAGAUAGUGCAGAAGGACUUUUUAACAAAUUAGUAAAGAGUAAUACUUUGUCAAAACAAGAGAGGGAAGAAAUAGUGGAAUGGUUGUGCUUGAAGCAUGAAUGUGAAGAAUGCGUAGCAAGUGAUGAUGAUGAUGCAGCCAGCAUAGCAGGAAAUGAUGGAAGACUCCUCGAGAAAAUAGAUGAAGUAACAGAAACAGAAGAAAAGACAGAUUCAUCAAAGGAAGCUAAGAUCUCUACAGAUGAUAGAGAAGAGGAGCUGAAGUAUGAUUCAGAAACAGAAAGUGAUAUUGACUCUCAGAGACCUGACUUUGUGGAAAAAUUAGAUAAUUAUAUAAUCCAAUUCAAGAGGAAAACUGAUGAAGAUGUAAAAACUAAGCAAGAUAAGUACAGAGAAGAAGAAGAAAAUGGAAUACAUGGGCACACACCAGCUGAUAACAUUGGCCAGCAUCCCGUCAGAAGUUGUCUUCCCAAUAAUGGCAGGAGAAGGAGUAUUCAUCCAGGAACUCAAUUACCACUCAUGGCUCUCGGAUUUAAUUCUAGCCCAAGUUUAGAUACAGCAAAUAUUGCAGUAGACAGUGAAGAUGUUGAUGGAGAAAAGACCGAGGCCCUGAAUGACCAAAGUUCCGAAUUCAUUCAAGAUUCUUCCCAAAAACAAAAGGAAGGUAGUGGGUUUGAAGAUGGCAUGAAGCAAGGAGAAAUGGAACCUCAACAAGAACUGAAACUAUUAAUCACUGCAAAUGAAGCAAGGCAAAAUCUCAUCAAACAAUUGGUAGUUGACAUUAAAUUGAUUAAAAAUCGAAUUGGAGAUAUGCAAGCAACAAUUCUCGAGAAAGAGCAAUUUAUACAAGAUAUACAAGACAAUGCUGCUACAUGUGCCAAUGCUAAACUUCGUUUCCAAGAGAAGAAGACCAAGCUUCAGGGGGAAUACUUCAAAACAUGCCAACAAAGAGCGGAAUUGGAAAAUGCUCUUUGUCAAAGAACUGGUCCAAGUGAGGAAAAUUCAAAGUGUAAAAGAGAUGUGGAAAAGUAUGAAAAAAGAGCUAAGGACUAUAAACAGCGGAUGAAAAGCAUAGACAUUAUCAAUCAAAUUGCAGGGGAUAGUGCAAAAAAAGUAUUUGAACUUGAAACAAGCUUGCAAACAUCAACACGUCAAUUAGAGAGGUUAACUCAAAGAAGCAUCAGAAGGGAAGAAUCUCUGCAAAAAUUGCAAGAAGAAUGGACACAAAACCAAGAAAAAAUUAAGGAUCUACAAGAAAAAUGCAACGCUCAGGUUCCCAAAACAGAUGAACAUGGAAGAAAUGUCAGUACUGGUGGAAGCCAAGAAGGAGAUUUGUGGUGGAUUAAAGAAGAGGAGGAACGUCAAGUCAGUAUGCGAGAAUCUUCCCAGAGGCUUCAGGAGCAGCUGGAUAAAGCUGUAUUUAAGAGAGAGAAAAUCUCUGUAGAGAAGCAAAGAACACAAACUCGUAAUAUUUUAGAAGUAAGUGCUCGAAUAUCACAUCUUUCUCAGGUCCUCAAGGAAAAAUCAACAGACCUAGAGAAAAUUAAGGAUGAAGAUGAGAAAGAAGCGUUGAGACUAGAAAUUCACAAUUUAAGAUCAACUAGGGAUUGUUUGAUUGAACAACGUUGUGCUUUAGAUGACAAGUUCAAGAAGGAGAACUCAUUAUCAACAUUGGAAGAGCGCAAGCUUUUGGAAUGUGAUGAAGCCAUAGAAGCAAUAGAUGCUGCAAUUGAGUACAAAAAUGAAUUAAUCUGUGGCAGAAAAGGUGGAUUUGAAGUGGGGGGACGAGAGGAGGGAGAGGAGUUACUAAUGGAGAGAUUGAACAAAUUGUCAGAGAUGGAAAUGAGAAUGCUUCUGUACAAGUAUUUCCGAAAAGUUAUUGACCUCCGUGAAAGCGGCCGAAAGUUAGAGGUUCAAUUAGUGGAAAGAGAAAUGCAAACUGAAAAACAAAUGUGGGAUAUUCAAACACUAACUCAUGCCCUUCAACAGGAUCGCCUUGCAGCAGAAAGGCAGAUCAUUUUGCUUCAAAGGCAACAUCAAGAAAAGCUUCAUCUUAUGUUAAGAACGUUUGCAGAAGAGUCGAGUGGUGGAGGAGGAGCAAGUUCAGGAACAGAUACAUUGGGUAAUCAGCAUGCAGGCUUGGAAGAACAAUCAUCACUGAAAACUGAGAAUAGAAGACUGCAUAGAAGAUUGCAAGACCUAGAGUCGACUUUACAAAAACUGCAGGGAGCCCGUAAAGCCAAUGUAGAUCAAGCUGAUCAUCCACAUAAAGAUGCUCGGGGGCGAAGUAUUAGUCCUGAGCCUAUACGUCCUGAACCUAUUCCAAACAAGAACCUAAAGCAGUUACGGGCUGCUGCUACUGCAUUAACAACCAAAGUCACUCGCCAGAAGAACAAACUUAUCAUACAGCAACAGAAACCACCACAACCAAGUCGCGCCAAGCCACCUAGUAACUGACUUACUGUAUAAAAAAUGUUUUUAUCUUAUUUUUGUACACACUGUAAUUUUAAAUAUUAUUUAUUCCAUGAAUGAUAAAUGUAGAAUGUGUGUAUAUUUGUGAUAUUAGAUGACCAAUCAAUGCAGCCUUAAUAGUUAUUUGCUGCUGCGUUAUUUUUUAACAAAAUGACUGCUGAAGAAUUGCUUGUAGCAAACUUAAUUAAUUUCAUCAAGUAAUAGAAUUUUUUUUUCUAAAAGUUUCUUUGAGUGUAAAAUUAACUAUGCAUGAUAAAAGUAAGACUGUGUUUCUAAAUAAAUUUGAUUUAAACUA